AUGGCGCGGGAGGGCGAUAGCGUUGAUCGCCCCAGCAGGCGCUGUCCCGAUGCCAGGCGGGCCGCCCAGGCAUGGGCCCGUCUCUCGGCGGACCGUGCUGUUCUGAAGUUAUCCACCGAGCUCAAUGAGGAGAGGGACGCUCACAAGCAGCUGCGGAGCGCUGUGGCUGUCAUGUUGGGGAGCCCUGAGUUGGCCGACCGUCUUCUGGCAGUGGUGCCGCAUUUGCAGGCGCUGCUGGGGGGCGUCCUCCCUUCGGCAUCCGAUACGCGGAGGCGCGGUGUAGCCUUGCAUGCGGACGCCCGCAGAACCAGUAUAGCGACGGCCACGGACUUCGAGGUUAAGCGGCUCCAGAAGGGGCCCAGGAUAGAGCGCCGUCGUCUCGGUCGCGAAGCUUUUGACCCCGAGGCACUGGUCUACUCCUCUGGUGGGUUGCGCCUGGGAAUUGGCUCAGUUGUCUUCCAGCAGCUGACAUCAUAG